AUGAAUUGUAUAGUUAUCUUAUUAUUUUUUAUUUUAAAUGGUUCUUACCAUAAUGCAUAUGCGCAAACAUGUCUUUCCGGAACAUCAUCAAUAUCUCCUAGUAAUAAAAGUAUGUCAAUCGUCAGCCUAGAUGGACCCGUUACCCAAAAUGAAAUUGAUUUGUUCAUUGGUUUUCUUGAACAACCUAACAGAAUACCCACAACUGCGCUGGAUAAUGAGAUAGCGGAUAAGCAACCUGGUCAAGAUGUAGAAGCUUUAGGUUUAGUUUAUGAAGUUACUCAAAACCCUCAAAUACUUGAUAGAAUGAUAACUUAUUCGGAUACUUUUUUGUCACUUCGAAAUGAUCCCGUAAAUGGACGAAUUAUGUGGACAGGGAAAAGAGAGCUUGUCUGGUGUACAAAACCUGAUAAUGGAACACUCUCUGGUUACGCCGGCUCCGAAGGUCUUGAUACAGCUGGGCAUAUAGCAUACACUGCUUAUCAUAUCCUUAAAACACCUUGUCUUUGGGACGUAAAUGUUACAGACAAUGAUCCUCAUAAGUAUGGUGCAACAUAUAAAGAACGUGCGCUUACAUACGUGACUGAAAUGGACAAGACUAUUGAUACCUAUUAUUUAAAGUAUUUUAUUCGUGAAAAUGAUUCGAAAAUUUAUAAUCCAAACUCUUCUGCAUGGAAUAAACUUGGUGAAAUGUCUGCAAAUGCUCCAAUGCCUUGGAACAGACAGCAAAUGAUGACAAAUGGAUUUCUAAGAAUGGCGGAAUGCCAUGAAAUUAUUGGAGAUGAUGCAUCUCGUGUCAAUAAAUAUUUUAAUAUUAUACAAGUUUCUAUUGAUUGGAUGGUCAAAAAUUUUAUCCAAGUUAAGACUAAGAAUGGCCUAGAUGCUUAUAAUUGGACUUAUUCCACGGUAUCUAACUCUUCAGAAGCUAUUGGUAUUCAUUCACUUUAUGAUAUUUGGGGCAUGUACCGCGCAUGGCAACGAAAAGAUAAAUUAAAUGUUAGCAUUGAUGUUAUGAUUAAACUUGCUAACACAAUGAUGUAUAUAAUAAAUAUUGACAAUAAAACAUUUGCAACAAGAGUGGAUGGUACAUAUGAUAAUACGUCCACAGCUUCUUUAUAUGGACCUUGGGCAUUUUACGCUGAAUUUAUCCCUGACUGGUAUAAAUUUGUUGUUAAUGUAAAUGUAAAUAGGACAAAAACUGGCCCACAGUAUAUGGGCGCACUGCUUUGGGUAAAAAACUCACGUAUGGUUAAUUCUACUUACACUCCCGUUAAUUCUACUUACACUCCCAUUAGCCCUCACACUUCUACUAGCUCUCAUAUCCAGGCAUUGCCUGGAUAUGAGAUAUGUAAACUGUCAUUUUUAGUAUUAGGCAUAAUUUUGUCUUAUUUGUAUUAG